AUGGGUCACGCCGCAGGUCUCCGCGCUGGCACUCGCUAUGCCUUCUCUCGCGACUUCAAGAAGAAGGGUAUGAUCGCUCUGUCGACCUACCUCAAGCAGUACAAGGUCGGCGACAUCGUCGAUGUGGUUGCCAACGGAGCCGUCCAGAAGGGCAUGCCCUACAAGGUCUACCACGGUAAGACCGGAGUUGUCUACAACGUCACCAAGUCCGCCGUCGGUGUCAUCCUCUACAGACAAGUCGGAAACCGCUACAUGGAGAAGCGCAUCAACGUCCGCGUCGAGCACGUCCGUCACUCCCGCUCCCGGGACGAGUUCUUGGCCCGUGUUAAGAGCAACGCCGCCAAGAAGCGCCAGGCAAAGGAGACUGGCGAGCACCUCCACCUCAAGAGACAGCCCGCUCAGCCCAGAGAGGCGCGGACCGUCAGCGCCAAGGACAACAAGCCAGAGAAUGUUGUCGCGAUAGCAUACGAGACCACGAUCUAA